AACUACUCGGGACUUCCUAAACUCACAGCACAGCUAGUCAACUACAACAUAUAUUCAAGACCUUCAUACAACGUCCCAGAUUUCAAAAACAAAAGAAAAUGUCCACAGAAACAAGCUUCUCAAACUCAGACUGGGCUCUCUUGGAAUCGAUCCGCCAGCAUCUUCUCGAAGACGAUUUCGAUACCCAGUCGGCAUUUUCCACUGACUCUCCAGCUCAAAAUACUUCCAGCUCUAACUGCACUGAGAUAUCGAACAGUGAUGCGGAGAUAGUGGAGCAGAACCAAGCAUUCACUAGUGAAUUUGAGGCGGAGGUGGCGGCGCGUGAACACCACACACCAUCGGGUCAGAGGCAUUUUAGAGGAGUGAGGAGGCGGCCGUGGGGAAAGUACGCGGCGGAGAUAAGGGACCCGAAAAAGAACGGGACGAGAGUGUGGCUCGGGACCUACGAGAAGGCGGAGGACGCAGGAUUGGCUUACGACCGAGCCGCUUUCAAAAUGCGUGGCUCCAAAGCUAAGCUUAAUUUUCCUCACUUGAUUGGCAUGCAUGAUGUGGAGGUGGGCCGUGUGCUUCCCAAGCGUGCCUCGCCGGAGCCGUCAUCUCCGUCCUCCACGACGUCGACUGAAGAUGGCUCGCCGAAGCCAAAGGGGUGGAGUGGGCUUGGCUGCGGCGGAAGCCCAGUUGGAGGAAGCUGCUCAAGAGUUUCAUGUGUUCCAAGUGGACUCAUUCACAUUUUGCAACGAACUAUUGGUUGAGGAUAUGGCGCUCUUGUCACCAUCUGAAUGCUCAGACAUUCUUUCUUUUUUGGAGUGAUUUUUCCGGCGAACAAAAAUGUAAAUUUUGCAUUAUAGGUAUUAGCUUCUUCAGAUUUAGAUCAUUUUUGGUACAAUUUCUCAAGAUUUAUUUUACCAUAUAAAGUAUCUAAAAUCUCAAAAGCCGAAAACAAAUUAACAAUAUUUGUGAGAGAGGUUAUUGAAGAAAAACAGACACAAACUUGUGGAAGCUUUUCUGGUAUAUUACUUCAUUAAAGAAAAAGUGAU